UGUGUGUGAAAGAAGAAAUGUAUUUUUAAGUUUUUCCUCUAAUUUUUCAUAAAAUUCGCCCGCUACACUUAAAUACCAGACGUUUACCGACAACGAACGCGAGCGGAGCACACAACACAGCACAGAUCAAAACGUGUCAUGUGGAAAUCAAUAAAAUUUUAAAAAUAAAUUUUGAAAAAACGUCCCGUAAAAAAAAUACUUAAAAAUAGCCUGUCUCAGCGGCAGGUUGGUGGUAGCAGCAGAUUUCAAUACGUAAAGCUAAGAAAUUCCUUUCCCAAGUUGUUAUUGACCCAGUGAAAAGUACAGGAACUAUUUCCAGAUCCUUUAGCCAAAAUGUCGGGUGAUGUACAACCACGUAAACGCAAGGACAAGAAAAAGAAACGUGAAUCUCUUGAUGUCCGUAAAUCGGAAGGCGAAUUAAUCUUUUCACGCAAAUCUAGCUUACAAGAGGAUGAGGCUUCACAUGGCGUGCAUAUUACCAAAAUGGGCUCAGACGAUGUGCAUUUGCAUAUCCAUGAGGAACACGGCACUGGUGGUCAUUGGUGUGCCAAGAUAAUUUUCUUCUCUCUAAUGACCAUACUCAUGGGCCUAGUGUGUCUGAUAAUAUUGGAAAAUCGUGGCAUAUCAGAUGUGGAUACACCUUUAUCGGAGUCUAGAUUUUCAAAUUAUUUUGAUGGCUGGGUAGAUGAAAGUCGUGAUGAUCAUGAUGAUCAUCAUGAUACUCAUGAGUCAUUGGAGCAUGAUGAUCAUGAUGAACACGACGACGAUGAAGAUGAUCAUGAUGAUGAGCCGUUUGAAGAGGAAGCCGAUCAUUCCGAGGGUGAUGAAGAAGUAGCCGAGGAAGAAGAUGAAAAUGUUACUCCCGAAGAAGAGGAUGAAGAAGAUGAUAAUGCAACAGCAGAGAAUGUAACAGCUGAAGACGAUGAGGACGAUGAGGAGGAUGAAGAUGAUGAGGAGAACAUUACAGCUGAAGAGGAUGUAGAUGAUAAUGCUACAGCCGAAGAAGCUGAUGAUGAUAAUGUAACAGCCGAAGAUGAAAAUGUCACCGAAGAGGAGGCUACAAUUGAGCAAAAUGAUGAGGACGAUGAGGAUGAUAAUAAAACCAACGAAGAGGAUGAAGAUGAUAAUGCCACAACAGAAACUACUUCAAAACCUACCUCACAAGCGGUUCAAGAUGAUGAUGAUGACGAUGAUGCCUUUGAGGAAGAGGAUGAUGACGGCACAUUCGAUUCAUUGGAAAAAAUGGUCGAUAAUGAUGCUGCCGAAAUAGAGUUACUAAAAGAGAAGGCCCGCCAACAGGCAGCCGCUGAGUCUAAAGAAAAUGCCGCCUCGGCAGAAAAUGAUCUUGAAGAUGAAGCAGAUAAUGCUCCCUCAUGGGCUUCAUCACUGGCGGUUAAAAUUGGCGUUGGUUUGGCUCUAGCCUUAGUAGCACGUCUAGUAUUGAUUAGGAAAAAUCCAAUUUCAACUGCCCAAGAUGAAGCUCCUGCUCCCGAACAUUUAAUGAAACGUCGUUUAACAAUUGCCAGUCCCGAUGAGUUCAUACCCGAAGAUAUUGAUGUCAUUGCUGAACCUUUGCCCGAAGAUGAUUAUUCCGAGGAAGAAAUUGAAAUCGAAGAAGAAAUCGAAUAUAUUGAAGAGGAUGUUGAAACCAUAGGCGAAGAGAAUCAAGUUGAUGCAGGUGACAAUGAUUAUGCACCCGAAACAUUCGAACAACUUAAUGCCAUGUACAGAUCCAAAGAUUACAAAGAAAGUGACAAUGAUUACGAACCCGAAACAUUCGAACAACUCAAUGCCAUGUACAGACCUAAAGAUUACAAAGAAGAGACACAACAAAGAAACGAAACAAAGCCAACACAAAACGAAGCAUACUCGUAUCAAUCACCUUAUAGCUCAUCAUUUAACAAUAAUAAGAAUAGGAAUAACAAUAAUAAUUCCAAAUUGGCCAAAGAUGAACUACCAAAGUCUUUCGACAAUAGCUAUAAUAACAAUAAACAGCAUCAAACCGAAGUUAAACUUGUAGCACCAGUCUUUGAGGCACCACCACCUCCUCCUCUAGUGGAGGCUAAAAUCGAUAUGCAGCCCAAAUAUUCACCAACCAAAGAGGUUGCCAUAAAACCCGAGACUUCCGCCCAAUCCUUGAAAAAGGAUGUCACUUAUGACAUGGACUAUGAAAAGGUGGAAAAAGAAAAACCACAACCUCAAGUUGAACAUAAGAAGGAAAUAACGCAUGAUAUGGAUUAUCAGCCGGAUGCUGAUGAAAUCGAUUACGACGAAGAUGAUAUCUAUGAUGAUGAUGAGGCACAAGACGAUGAUUCCGAAGAUUUAGAUGAUGAUGAUCUAUUAGAUGAUGACGAUGAUUCGGAGGAGGGAGAUGAUGAAGAGGUUUCCGAUGUGGAUGAUACCGAAUUAAUGAAUAGACUUGAAGCCAAAUAUGGCAAAUUGCCGGCCAAAGAAUAUGAAAGCGAUGAAGACCCAGAUGAUCCCACUUGGACACAAAUAAAACCCAAAACCGGUGGUGGUCCACAAUCAUUGGAAGAUGAUGAUCUUGAUUUAUUUGAAGCAGAAUUACGAAGUGCCAAUGAUGAAAUGAUGAGAGAGUAUUAUGACGAUGCUUUAAGUUCCUUUGAUCGACUAAUACAAAAAUAUCCCAAUGAACCUCAAACGUAUUUGGGUAAAGCUCAGACUCUGGACCAGUAUUCCGAGCAACUUAACAACAAUCGUAUGCUAAUGAAAGCCAUUGAAAUGUAUAAAAAAUAUUUGAAAUUCAAUGUAAAAGAAGAUCAACUGCUUGAAUAUCGAUCGGCUGCUGAGCGUUGUUUGCAAAAAAUGAGAUUUUUGGAUCAAUACGAACAAUGUUUACCCAUACAUCAACUACUUAUCGAGAAAUUUCCCCACAUACCUUCCAUAAGAAACGAUUUGGUAAUCACCUACAUAAUGAUAAACCGUCUCUUAGAUGCCAAGCAGGUACUGCAAGAAAUUCUUGAAAUUUGGCCACAAGAUGGUUUUGCUUUGGUACACUAUGGUUUCUUAUUGAAAUAUUUGUAUCAGGAUUAUCACAAUGCUUCGAUAUAUCUAAGACAAGGAAUCGACAGUAAAGCCGAGGGAACACAAGAUGGCCGUUUCUAUUUUCUGUUGGGCGAAUCUUUGCAGAGAUUGGGCAGACAAAAUGAAGCUGUGGAAAUAUUUCGUAGAGGUGCCAAUUUGAAAUUAUAUCCCAGUGCUUAUCAAAGAUCCCUACAUAAUGAACCGAACCUGAAGGCCCAACCAUUUUGGACCAUGGCAGAAACGACCUAUGAAAGGCAUUUGAAAAAAUUACAAGAUCAUUGGUUUGAGAUAAAAACUGAAGGUUUAAGUGCUCUUAGAACAGCAGGUCAUUUUCUGGACGAGUCGGAGAAUCUUAGGGAUAAAGGUGAAUGGAAACAAUUGGAAUUGUAUUUUCGUGGAAAACAAAAUCGAGCAAAUUGUCUAAAGACGCCCAUCACUUGCAGUUUAAUAGAGGAAUUUCCAGCUGCUCGAGACUGCCGUCGUGGACAAAUUAAGUUCAGUGUUAUACACACUGGUACACAUGUUUGGCCUCACUGUGGACCCACCAACUGUAGGCUAAGAGCUCAUUUGGGUUUGGUGGUGCCGAGUGGCACGCGUAUCAGAGUAGCCAAGGAAGAGCGUUCUUGGCAAGUUGGAAAAUUCUUAAUAUUCGACGACAGUUUUGAACACGAAGUUUGGCAUGAGGGUCGUGGUUUACGUUUAGUACUUAUUGUUGAUAUGUGGCAUCCUGAACUUUCAGAAUAUCAACGCCGUUCUUUAUUCGCCAUUUAGAGUCAUAUUUAAUAUGCAGUUUAUUAAUUUAAUAUUAUUUUAUUUUAUUUAAUUUUUAUUAAUUUUUAUAUGAAGAUAAAAAAUGUUUGUAUCUCAAAAUAUGCUUGUAAUUGUUGUUCUAUUUAAAAGAGCAAAACAAAAAAAACAUUGUUAAAAUAUUAUAUUGUAUGUAAUUUAAUUAUAAUUAUUGCAAAUAGCUUUAGUUUCAUAUUCAAAUAAAUCAAAGAAAGACAUUUCAUUAAAA